GUCACUUCAACGAGUUUCGAUCUCAACAUUACAAUCCUUUUGCUGUUUGCAUCGUCUAAGAUUAUAAAAGCUGGAAAUGAAUUCCAUCAUUUUGCUGUUGACGCUCACUGUGGCCUACUCACUGGCUACGCCUACUAAUUAUGGGAGUAGCAAAUCUUCGACGACAUCCUAUGCCGUGCCUGCCGUAACCAUCUUAAAGCAAAUCAAUCAACUCAACGAAGAUGGCUCUUACACGUUCGGCUACGAAGCCUCUGACGGAUCGUUCCGAGUCGAGAAUAUGAACGCCAAUGGUUAUUUGACCGGUAGAUAUGGUUACGUCGAUUCCUACGGAGAAACACAGGAAACGGAAUACGCUGCUGGAAAGAUGUCUGGGCAAUCUGUUGGAUUUCAAGCCCGCGGAAGUUUGAUCCCGGAAGAAAGUCGCAGUAGCGCCCAGCCGUUCCCAUUCGUCCGCAACGUCGCCACCCAAUCCGUCGAGCAGAAAGCCUUCGAUUACCUGUACACCAGCGUCGAUGACGACGAAGAUGGUUUCCCCGAUUCCGCACCAGUCCGCACCGCUGAAGUCGUCCGUCUUUCUACACCCACCCAAAUUUCUUACGACACCGCCCCGACCAUCGCUCGUGUUGCCGAUCCUUACGACGCCAGCGUUUCCAACAUCCGCACGGUGACUCCCGUCCGCAACAAUUACAACUCGGGAGCCGUUCGCCUUUCAUUGCCGACUAAAGUUUCCAGCGCUCCGACUGUCGUCCGUGUCGCUGAUCCUUACACUCCAACCAUUUCCGACGUCCGUGCUGCAGUAACUGUCGAGCAACUACGGAGCAACUACGGAGACGUCCGCUUGGUUUCACCGGCCAAAAAAUCUUACGUCACUGGAGUUUCUGACGUCCGCGUUUUGACGCCCACUAAAACAUCAACGGAAACUGUCCGUCUGGCCGCCCCAUCCAGAAGCUCAUACGGUUCGACUCAAACUGUGGUCCGCGUUGUCGACCAGUCUGACGAUGGAUACGGUAAGGUCGAAGAUGUCCGAGUUGCUCCUGCACCAGCAGCGACUCGUGUUUCCUACGAGAAAGCCCCGGCUGUCGUUCGUGUUGUCAAUCGUGAGAAGGCUGCCUACGAUACAAUUGUUAAGCAAACAAUCGAUCAACCUAUUGUUGGCAAGACCGUUAGCCAAAUCGCGGAGGUAAGCGUACCCGUUUUCCGAUCCCAGGGUCCUAGCUACGGAUCAAUGGCUGUUCGUUCGACUGGUCGAUUGGAUGAGUUCCUCAAGUCUCUAAAGAAGAGCAACAGGAACUCUGGAAAUAGCUACAACUCUUACGGAUCGAGCGGCGCUACCUUUGUCAACCAGGAUCAGUUUGUUCAGCCUACCCAGGAUUUCCAAGUAGUCCAAGAUGACGCAGUCGACGCAGUGAGCAUCGACUCGGUUGGAUUUACACGAAUCAUCUAAAAUGUUGGCUGCUUCAAUUCAUGAUCAUGUUUGAUUUUAGACUAUUCUGAUGUAGAUUUUUUAGUGUUUGUUCUCAUGAUUAUGUAUCGAUUCCGUCCGUCUUAUUAAUAAUAUAUACUCCCAUUAUAAUCUA